AUGUCUUUCACAAACCUCUACAGACCGCCUCCGGAUCCGCCUACUCCCACAGCAGACGAGCUGUACGGAUCGGACCCAUAUGAUAUCAACUAUGUAUAUCCACUCGAUCUCCAACUCCUACAGAACCAUCGCGUGCGCUUGACCCCAUUCAUUCCCCGAGCGCACGGCGCGCUUUUCUGGGAUGCCGUCGGGCCCACCUUCCCCGACCUAUUCCGCUACUACCCCGUCCUUUUCACCACCCUCGAGCAGAACCUCGCCUUCUUCGAGCGAGCGUACCAUGCGAACCCCGAGUGCGUCCUCCUCGCGAUCAUGGACAAGACCACGCCCGACGAUGCGCACCCCGAGCUCGGCGGGGGCACCUUUGCUGGGAUCAUCGGGCUCAUCCGCACAUCGAGAGCUCAGCUGAGCACCGAGAUCGGGUACGCGGUCGUCUUCCCUGCGUUCCAACGCAAGAAGAUCGCGACGAACGCCACAGCGAUCCUCCUCAACUACUGCCUGGAGCUUCCGACCGCGUCCCCUCCAGGCCUCGGUCUGCGACGCGUCCAGUGGGGCGCGCACCCAGAUAACGUAGCCUCGAUCCAAUUGGCUUUGAAUCUCGGCUUCAAAGUUGAAGGGACCCACCGGUGGACUUAUAGCAAAAAAGACAAUAACGGAGUGGGGAAUCUGCCGCGUGAGGGCGAUUGGUGCUCUGGGCAGUGCGGAUUCGACGUCGCAGUCCAUUCGAUGUGUUGGGACGAUUGGGAGUCGGGUGGACGGGAACGAAGUCAAGCUCGUGUCGAUGGAAGUGCUGCAUAG